AUGCUUCACGGCAGUAUCAACGCUCUCAAUGUCAAGAUCUCCGGUAUCAACUACACCUCGCGCAUUGGUCCAGAUUGGGCACCUGUGAGCACCAAAUGCAAGACCGCUGACGAGGCUGAAAUGGUACUACGGGCGGCCAAAAUUGUUGGUCUGAAGAUACACUUGGGUAUUUGGACGACGGCUAGCCACGAUUACCUGCUCCAGGAGAAACACAUGCUUGCUAAACUUAUUGACUCUGGUCUGUACGAUGAUAAUGUCAUUGGUCUACACGUGGGUAGUGAGGCCAUUUACCGUAAAGACAUCAAUGCCGUCACGGCCAUCAGCUACAUGAAUGAAAUCCGCGCCUAUUUGCGUAGCCGUGGCAAGAGCACGCCCGUCACGAUUGCGGAUGUUAUUGACGUCUACAACGCUAACCCGCAGCUCAUUGAUGCCGUGGACUACGUUUCGGUGAACCAGUUUUCAUUCUGGGAAAAAGCGGACGUGAACGAAGCUGUAGCUGUUACUCUGGACCGUCUCAGGGGCCUGCGCGCGGCUGCUAUACAAAAGGAUAGGACUAUCAUUAUCUCAGAGACGGGUUGGAGCUAG